UGAUAAUUUGGGUUCUGCGGUUCUGCUCCUUGCAACUGAACUUUAUGUACUUUCCAUCUUUUCUCUUUCUUUCCAAUGUCUAAUUUAUAUAUCUAUUUCAUUGCAUAAGAAACGAGAAACAAUCAUGCAUAGACUUCUCACUAUUUACAUGUGGAUUUAUUUAUAUCGUUUACAAAUUAAAAUUGCAUCGGACACACUUGUAAUGUUAAAUAUAUAAGUAUACAAAUAUGCACCGAGUGUAUAAUAAUGAAAUGAUUAAUAAUCAACUGUAUUACAUUUUGUCUUAAUGAUGUUAUAACAAAAUGUGGAACAUGAUGUUGAUGAAAUUUUUUAACACAAUUAUUAAAAACCAAAGAGUGCAGAUUUAUAAGCAUUGGGCACAAAAUGCGACUGUUUUUAAAAUGAACAGCAUGUGUACCAAUGCUUUCGACAUGAACCUUCUUUCUCCAGAAGAUAAGGAGAAAAUACUCGAAGUGAUAAAUAACAAAACCACAAAGGAUCUAUUACAGUAUUCCAUUACUAAGAAACGUGCAGAAAAAUUAGAAUUGCACCGUGCGAAUGACGGGCCUUUUAAAUCGCUGGAUGAUUUAUUAAAAGUACAGAGUAUGAACAACAAAUGGGUAUAUAAUUUUUAUAAGUCAAUUAUAUGUGGCAAGAGAAAGGCAAGCCCUAAAAAGAUUAUGUCAGGCUUGGUUGUAACACCACAAAAUACCGAAGCUGAUUUAAAAGAUAUUAACACAGUGUUAGGUAUAUAUGUAGGAUAUGAUUUGAUAAGUUGGUCAUUAUUAGACCGCAAUUGCGAGGUAUUACAGUGGGACUAUAAAUCCUUUCAGCGAAAAGAGAAAAAAGAAAAUAUUCACUCUUUACUCCAAACAACAAUACCAAUUGCUAGAAAAUUACCGAAGGCUGAUCGGUAUGUAAUGCAAGAAACCGGUGGUGAUGUAGGCCGUAUACAAAAUCGCCAAUUUUAUCAGAAUUUUGUACAACGGUCUAUAAUAGGCGCUAUCAUUCUAUCGCAUCUGACAAUAAUGGAUAGUAAAUUUAACGACACCACAGGAUUUGUGGCAAAUAAUAUCUUUAUACUUCGGCAGCAUGUAUUGCGAAAAAUAUACGGACUUAUAAUUGAUAAUGAAGCUAUCUCCACACAAUACAUGGUGCAAAAGUUAUUGCAGGAAAGUGACGAACUAAUAAAAACAAAGGAACCUAAAGUGUUAAUAAGGACAGAUUUAAGAGAUAUGUACAACGCACAAAGUUCUGUUUAUCAAGAACAAAUUAGUUGGUCAUUAUUAAUAGCGUUGGCUUUUAUAGAAUUAAUUGUACAUAGAAGAACUGAUAUGAUUCUUCGUGAGGUUCCACAGAAAUUGUAAAGCAUAAUGUUACCUAUUAUCGAUAGCAAUGUUAACAAAAAGUAAAUAAUCCUGCCAAGAGAACAUAGUCAAUGAAUUUUUUGUAAAGUGAAUAAAGAUUUUUUUCUAAUAA